AUGCGAGUAGUGUUGUUAAUAUUUUUGUUGACUGUUAGCAAAGUAGACGCUAAAAUUCUUCCAAAUAAACUUGAGAAUGUGACGGUGAAAGAUGAGCCAAGAAUUUUCUUCAAGCAAAUAAUGGAAGCUUCCGGCAUUUUUCCAAUCGAGAUUAAUGUUCCUGAUACAAUAUCCGCAAUGAUAAGUGGAAUGAAUUCCAUGUAUGAAAGUAUGUCAACGUACUUUAUCAGCAACGGAAGUCAACAGGAAGAACUAGAACAACAAGUUCGGUUGAAGAAGAGCAAAGUUGAAUUAGGUUCAAGGCCAAGUUCAAAACACCGGCGAAAGAAAUUAAAUAAACGUCGACACAUGAAAGAAAAGAUUUUUUAUAACUUGUUGGAUUUAUUUAAUCUUCUUAUGUUUUGA